CAAGCACACACUGUCAACUUCAUUACCAAAACCUGAAUUACAUGCUCCAAAUCUGAUGGUUUCGGGUGCCAUGACACCUGCUCCGAAGAAAACGAACAUAUUCAUAGUCUCCCUUUUGAUUAUUGAUUUCGCAUCGAGGUUCGGAGCGACUGGAAUAUUUCGUUUUUUUGGACUGACUUGAACACGGAACAGCCGAACUGCCAUGGAAGAAAGACAGGGUUUCACUGUUAGCCGCAGAACAAAAGCAGGAAGGUGCCUUUCCAACAUGGGUGUGAAUCCGGCGGCUGCAGGUUAUGCCAUGACCACUCUGGGGGCCAGUAUGAUUAACAACAUAUUCAGCUUCUACUACGUCAAACUGUUUCUAAACAACUACAAGAUAUCCGAGGGAGCAUUCCACCAAUCACAAGUGGUCUACAUGGUGUGGAACGCAGUCAACGACCCGCUCUUUGGCUACCUGCAGGACAACUCCAAGGUCCCGUGCUGCUCUCAGCGCCGUCUUUCCAUCCUGUACGGAGCUCCUCUCUACUCCUUGUCCUUCCUCAUCGCCUGGUUCCCAUGGCGAGCGUACGCAGCUGGAGACUGGCUGAGUGGUCUGCAUUUGAUGGUGGCACUUUGCGCCUUCGACGGCUUGCUCACGUUUGUACUGCUGGCCCAGUGCGCCUUGUUUGCUGAGAUUUCCAGCCAGCAUCAGAACCGCUUGAGACUUGUGAAGUACAGCCAGGUUGCCUCACUGCUGGGUUCCUCGAGUGUCCUCUUCUGUGGGGUGUUUUCUCAAAACAUGGAAGACUUCGGGGCGUUCCAAACCUUCACUGUAGUGGUAGCUGUCCUGAGCUGCGGCUGCAUGCUCUACACCGGCCUCCACAGCGAGAGCCGCUUCGACGGCAAAGGUCCCGACCCUGACGUGACUGGAUCUCCUGAUCAGUCGGACCAGACGUCUGCCGUGUCUGUCUCAAUGUUGAAAACCAUGACGUGCCAAAUUGUGACCAACAGAGACUUCCAGCACUUUGUCAUCAUGAACUUCUUCCAAGUUUUUAUGUUGGCUUUUUUCAAUAACUUCACCAUGAUAUUUGCCGAACACCUGAUACCUCCAGAUGUUCUUCCAUCCGUGGCCAGGAGCAUCAUGUAUGGAGCUGGAUUCAUCUGUCCGCAGUUGUUAGUGUUGAGCUGUGAGCGACUGCUUCACGGUGCUGGUUACUACAGAAUCAUUCUCUUCACGUUCUACUUGGAAGCUGGCAUGGCUGUGUUUAUGUUGGCACUUGGCCCAAACCACUACUUCUUCCUGGCUUUCUUCCUCACCAUCAACAUGGUUAUAAUCCAAGCCACGUUCAGUCUCUUUAACCUUCCGUUGGCCGACAUCAUCGACAUGGACAUGCAGAAGUACAAACGCAGUUCUCCUCUGUCCUCCAUGGUCUUCGGGACAAACGCACUGUUCACCAAACCAGCUCAGUCUCUGGCCCCGAUGUUGGUUCUGAACAUUCUCAACCAGUACGGAUACGAGCAGCUGAAAUCUAAAGCGACGGGGUCAAGUCCAGGCGUCUCGGAGGGUCUCCACAGCAUCAUGUUCUACCUGGUGUGUCUGGUCCCCUUGUGCGUGGCUGCUCUGCAACUUCUGGCCUGGAGGCCCUUUUCCAUCCGCAACAGUCACACGGUGGACUCCAAGUACAUUGACAGCUAGUACCGAGCUUGUCAGACGGUCAAUAUUAACUCUCUCAAAUCCAAUGAUGAUGAUUGUAUUGUUGGAUGCAAAUUUAUAUUUUAAAAAAUCAAGGGUUUUGAUCUGCUAUGAAAUUCAACCGGGAGAUGUAUAAUAUAUUGUGUAUAUAUUAUUUAUACAAGGGGGUUCUUUGUUAAUUUAACAUUCCAUUAUAGCGUGGUUACAGGUUUUUACAGUUUCUGAUGACGAAGUGCCUGGAUCAUGAUUUUUAUUUUUAUAUCGCUGACGGCUGAUGGAAGCUCACGAAUGAGACCUCAUGAAUGUGAGCGCCGGCCUCUAGUGGUGGGGUUUUGUAUGACAUCAACCGUGAAUAAAUCGUGUUUUUUAUUAUUUAUUUUUAUUCGAUUGAAUCCUGAUUUAUUAUAGUACAGACGUUUUUUUUUUUCUUGCCGAGCAACAAAACAGCACACUUCAUGAGGAUUUAAAUGAUUUAUUUCACUCCAAAUUAUGUAAGCACUUUGAGAACCUCUGUUCCAAACCACUACCUCUUUCUAGUGGGAACCAAUACAAGAAAGUCUCGCAGUCAUCACAUUUUAAUUUGCGCUGUGUGACUGCUGCGGUUGGUUUCAUUAAAAUAUAUGAGAGAUCAUACUCUAGUGUGAGUGGUGUAACUUACAUCCUUGGCCAUAUAUAUGUGUUUUUUUUUUAAUUUUUAUUCUUAAAUAGUAAUUCUUGAUGUCCAUUUCUUUAGAGAUACUCUGGGAACUGCUCUGUCGUUCGUGGUAUUAAAUAUUUUCGUAGGUGUUAUCGACCGAUGUGUUGCAGUGGGAAGUUGGGACCUGUAACAAGUGAAAUAUAGCAUCACUCAUUUGAAAUGUCCCAGGGAAAUGGUGCAAUUAUUACCUCAACGUGUCUCUGGUUGCUAUUGCUGCGCACCGUCUUUCUGCUGUACAUCUCCUGCAGCACCUCACGGAAGGCCAUUUUUCUUGUUGAGUUUUUCUGUGUGUACAACAAUAGUCUUGUUAAAAGCUUUUUAUUUGGGAUUAAAACACGUUGUAUCAUUUAGUGGCUUUUUGACUCACCUUCCCUCCAGGUUUGCUGGUGUCAAACUUGCAGCCCUGCUGUUGAAAAAGUUCAGAAGUCAUCACGCUGUAAUUGUAGCCUCAGCCAGUCGGAGUUACCUUCUUGAGGAUGAUGAGCGUCACAACGGCGAGACUGUAGACAAGCAUGAGGGCCAGCAGUACCCACAGCAGGAUAUAACUGACAGGUGUGAUGUUAUCUGAAAGAUGAGCAUUAUUCUAAAACACCCCUGGAGUGUGUCUGUCUCCUCAAAUCUCAGCCCUCACCUUUUACCACCAGGAUGGAACCUGUGCCGACAUACUGCGCUCCAGACUUUGCACCCCCUCUCUCUAGCGCAGCGCAGUGAUAGAUCCCACUGUCGUUGGCGUUUGUGGAUUUGAUGAUCAAAGAGGAUCCACUGAAGGUGAACCUCGGGUCAUGCUUGUUGCUCAGAAGGAAAUGACUGUCCUCUUUGAAAAUAAACCAUUGGAAAUCUAA